UCAAACAAAAUAAUGGAACCUCAAAGACAGAAUGUGAAGAUGAUGCCGUUGUCUUUAGAAAGUUAUCACAUUUCUGAAGAGUAUGGCUUUCUUCUUCCAAAUCCUCUGAAAGAACUUCCAGAUCAUUACAGGCCUUGGAUGGAAAUUGCCAACAGACUUCCUCAGUUGAUUGAGACUCACCAGCUUAGAGCUCAUGUGAACAAGAUGCCCCUUCUGAACUGCCAAAUCCUGAAGGGUUACCGGGAGCAGCGCCUGGCCCAUCUGGUCCUGAGCUGUAUUUCCAUGGGAUAUGUCUGGCAGGAGGGAGAGAUGCAGCCCGAAAAGGUUCUGCCAAGAAAUCUUGCCAUUCCAUUUGUCGAAGUCUCCAGGAACUUGGGACUCCCUCCUAUCCUGGUCCACUCAGACCUGGUGCUGACAAACUGGACCAAGAGGGACCCAUAUGGACCUCUGGAAAUUGGGAACUUGGAGAUCAUCAUCGCCUUUCCUGGGGGAGACAGCCUGCGUGGUUUUAUACUGGUGACCGCUUUGGUGGAGAAAGCGGCAGUGCCUGGAAUUAAGGCACUCGUCCAGGGAGUGAAUGCCAUUUCACAGCCCAGCCAGGACACCCUGCUCCAAGCCCUGCAGCAACUGAGGCUCUCUAUUCAGGACAUCACCAGAACUUUGGGACACAUGCACGAUUAUGUAGAUCCAGACAUAUUUUAUGCAGUCAUCCGGAUCUUUCUCUCUGGAUGGAAAGAUAAUCCAGCAAUGCCUGUGGGGCUGAUAUAUGAAGGAGUCUCCAAAGAACCUCUAAAAUACUCUGGAGGGAGUGCAGCUCAGAGCACAGUGCUUCAUGCCUUCGAUGAGUUCUUAGGCAUUCAUCAUAGCAAGGAAAGUGCUGACUUUCUGUACAGAAUGAGGGACUACAUGCCUCCUUCCCACAAAGCCUUCAUUGAAGAAAUCCGUGCCACUCCUUCACUGAGGAACCACGUUCUGUCCUCUGGACAUGGCCGCCUUCUGACAGCCUACAACCAGUGUCUGGAGGCCCUGGCAGAGCUGCGUAGCUAUCACAUCACCGUGGUGACCAAAUACCUCAUCACAGCUGCGGCCAAGGCCAAGAGCGGGAAGCUGAACCACCUUCCAGGGCCACCACAGGCUUUAGAAGACAGGGGCACAGGUGGAACUGCAGUGAUGAGCUUCCUAAAGAAUGUCAGGGAUCAGACCUUAGCAUCCAUCCUCCAUGCAAGUGGUUAGGA